AUGACCACUACUGAGAACAUCACCUCGCCUCCGACAUCUCCUCCAGCCAAACGCGUCAAGACUACCGACGAGACUCUCGCUUCCAUCCCAUCCCACACAGUCACGCCCGCGACAACGCAGCCCACCAUGUCCUCCCAGGCCCCUGCUCUCCUCAUCAAGAAGCUCUCCCCAGCCGCACGCCUCCCCACGCGCGGCUCUGCUUUCGCCGCCGGGUACGAUGUCUAUGCAUCCAAGGCGACUUCCAUUCCAGCCCGCGGCAAGGCUCUCGUGGACACUGACAUUGCCAUCUCCGUGCCAGCGGGCACCUACGGCCGCAUCGCCCCCCGCUCUGGCCUCGCCUCCAAGCACUUCAUCGACACGGGCGCUGGCGUCAUUGAUGCCGACUACCGCGGCCAGGUCAAGAUCCUGCUGUUCAACCACGCCGACACCGACUUUGCGGUGGCCGAGGGUGACCGCGUCGCCCAGCUGAUCAUCGAGCGCAUCUACACUCCCGAAGUGGUCGAGGUAGAGGAGCUCGAGGAGAGCGUCCGCGGCGCUGGCGGCUUCGGAAGCACUGGCGUCGCCCUGGACAAGAAUGCCUAA